GAAGAGAAAUGAUAUUAUAUGAAGAAAGCAAAACUCACACACAAAUGUUCAUAGCACCGAAGAGAAAUGAUAUUAUAUGAAGAAAUCAAAACUCGCACACAAAUGUUCAUAGCACCAAAGAGAAAUGAUAUUAUAUGAAGAAAGCAAACCUCGUACACAAAUGUUCAUAGCACCGAAGAGAAAUGAUAUUAUAUGAAGAAAUCAAAACUUGUACACAAAUGUUCAUAGCAGCGUCAUUCACAAUAGCCAAGAAGUGGAAGGAACUCAGUCAUCAACUGGUAACUGGACAAACAAACUGUGAUCUAUCUAUACAACAGAAUAUUAUUCAGCACUAAAAAAGAGUGAAGUCGGCCAAGCAAGGUGGCUCAUGCCUAUAAUCCUAGCACUUUAGGAGGCCAAGAUGGGAGAACUGAUUGAGGCCAGAAGCUCGAGAUCAGCCUGAACAAGAGCAAGACCCCCAUCCCUACAAAAAAAAAUUUUUUUUAAUUGCCAAACGUGGUAGUGCUCGGGAGGUUGAGCCCAGAGGAUCACUAGAGCCCAGGAGGUGGAGGCUGCAGUGAGCUAUAAUGAUGCCACUCACUCUAGCCAGGGCAACAGAGUGGGACCCCGUCUCAAAACAAACAAAGGCACUGAUCCAUGCAACAACAUGGAUAAACCUUGCAAAGAUUAUGCUCAUAUCUUCAAAAAGAACCCACUCACAAAAGGCCACCUACUGUAUGAUUCCACUUAAAUGAAAUGUCCAAAAUAGGCAAAUUCAUAAAGAUGGAAAAUAGUGAUCACCUGGGGCUGAGCAGUAGGUGAUAAGGAGAAUGGGUUAACUAGUACAAGAAUUUACUUGGGGCAAGGGUAAUAAUAAAGUUCAAAAUUUAGGUUGUGGUUAUGGCUAUAAACCCUAUAAAUCUGAUUUAUGAACCUUCUAUGAGCGAACUUUAUGGUAUGUAAAUGAUAAGUAAAAUGUAUUCUCCCCAAAAAAGGAAAAAAGAAAGAAACAAAUGUAAACACCUUAUUUAAAAGGAAACACCAAAUGUGUCUCCUACCCCUAGAAAUAGCCAUCGAAUCUGUGUGAGAAUCUGCCCAUCUUCUUCUACACAUUUCCAGAAUAUUGAUAAUAUCAAUUUCCCUAUUGAAUAUUGUUUUGUGUGUUUGUGCUGUUCUUGUUCGGUAGCCGUAACAUUGCACAAAAUGUGCUGCAACUUGCCCUGUUCACGUUGUCAUUAUUCGGUGACUUGUCCGGACUGAUUCCUGAUGGACGCCAGCUGGUCGCCACCUGCUCACCGUGGAUGCAGUGGGCGUCCUGGGCACACAUGCUUUUUAAAGGUAGAAGCCAAGACAUGGAACUAUGUAACACUUUGUGCCAAAUUGCCAACUUAAAUAAUUUUUUAAUUACAAAAAAUUUGCCAAAUUUUUUAUAAUUAAAAAAACCUUUAAAACAUGCAAAUCCAAAAUUAGAAAGGACCCUCUCCUCCCAGCAGAGAUGUAGUUUAGGCAGAGUCUUCAAGAAGUAGGAAUUUGCCAAUUGGGGAAAGUGCUGCUUCUGGGAUCCUAUGGCCGAGGAGACGGAAUAUUACUGCUUUGCAAACGCAGGGUUUAACAUUUACCCUCAUACAUGAGGGGACAUUCUGCCCCUCUUGCAGACAGGACAGUUGAGAGGCUGCAUCUUGCUCCAAGGAGGCUGGAUAACCAUCCCUGGCGCAGGAAAUAGGUGGACAAGAUCACUGCACCUCUCCUAAAAAAGAAAGGGCAUCCGUUUAGCACUUACCUGAGAGAUAAGAUUUUCUUUCAUCUUUCAGAAAUGUGUUCUAAAGCAUCAGAGAAAAAUGUGGGUCAAACAGCAACCUGUUAGCUUACUCCCAGCUCAGAGAUGGACCUCAUGCCUGGACCAUUCCCAGGCACAAAGGUGGGCAGACCCGGAGCCCAUCACUCUCCCAGGAGUCCUGUCCCACCCCACAAAGCGAGAGGGAGGGGUGAGCGCUUAGAGACCAAAGGGAGCAUCUCAGAGCGGCUCCUCCGCUUCUCACCAGCUUGAUGCCCUAACUUAGCCCUUGCUUCUCCAGCCUGCUUCCUGCUCCGCUCCGGUUACCACGUGGAGCUCUGUACACCGUCCACGGUGUGGUGAGAGGUGGGUCUGGAAACCCAGCAGCUACAGUUAAGCUGCGGAGGAGGCUUUUCCGCACCUACGUGAGGGUGGAGCCGCCGGGACAAGCUUGCUGGGCAACCCUUGACAGGCUUUCUGGGGAGAGGAGGAGUGGCGCGAGGGCGUGGGCUGCCACCCCAGGUGCCUCCCGCCUUCACCUCUCGCGCCCAUCCCUGGCCCAGCCUCGGACCACUCUCCACUCUGGGCUGGCGGGGCAGAGGGAGGAGGGAGUUGAGCGCCUGUUUCCUCCUGUAGUUGGAGGAAAAGAGCAGACGCCAGGAACGCCCAGGGAGUGAUGGGAGCAGAAGACCCUGGGAGGUCACCAACAGAAGCCAGAAUGGGAGGGAGACCCGGUAGUGACCGCACCGCUGGGUUUUCAGGGGGUCCUGGACCCUCCAAAGCAACUGGGGUAAACGUAGACGCACUGCCGGGCCAGUGCAGCUGCUGGACACUGUCCCCCGCGCCGCUCCAACCAGACCGCGACGGCUAAGCCCCUCCUUUCGAGAAUCUCCGGAGCCGCCCCUGGAAGUAGUGGGGCGGAGGGACCGGAGGAGCGUCGCGCGCGGCGCAGCUAUGGAGCCCGGCCGCCAGGACGCGGAGGCCGGCUUGGAGGGCGCGGCAGGCGACCCGUACCGGCGGCCGGCGCGGCGCACGCAGUGGCUGCUGAGCGCCCUGGCGCACCACUACGGGCUGGACCGCGGCGUGGAGAAUGAGAUCGUGGUGCUGGCCACCGGCCUGGACCAGUACCUUCAGGAGGUCUUCCACCACCUGGACUGCCGCGGCGCUGGCCGCCUGCCCCGCGCCGACUUCCGAGCACUCUGCGCGGUGCUUGGGUUGCGUGGUGAGGGGACCACCGCCGCCAGGGAGGCAGCUGCGGAAGACGCGAACUCCAAGAAUGUGACCACCGGGGACGCGGCCCCUGUGGUGACCACUGACCGGGAUUCCGAUGCCGAGGAGGAGGCGCGCCUCGCGCUGCAUGCCGAGCCGCCGGAGCUCACCUUCCGCCAGUUCCACGCGCGCCUCUGUGGCUACUUUGGCACCCGCGCAGGGCCCCGGCUGCCCCGCGGCGCUCUCAGCGAACACAUCGAGACGCAGAUCUGCCUGCGCCGCCCGCGCCGCCGCCGCCGCCUGCCCCGAGGGCCUGGCCCGGACGGCGGCCCCGACGGUGGUUCCGACGACGAGCGCGUGGCGCGGCUGGAGGACGAGAACAGCAGCCUGCGCGAGCUGGUGGAGGACCUGCGCGCCGCCCUGCAGAGCAGUGACGCGCGCUGCCUAGCGCUGCAGGUCGGCCUCUGGAAGAGUCAGGCGGGCGCCCCCGAGGCGGCGGCGCGGGAGCUGCGGCGGGUGCAGGGGGCCCUGGCAGCGGCGGAGGCCCGCGCCGGGCGGCUGCGCUGGGGCCAGGCCGAGGUGCGGCGGCGCGCGGAGGAGGCCCGGCAGGCGGUGCUGCGCAGCCUGCACCGCGUGCGCGAGCUCGAGGCGCAGGCGCGACAGGUGCCGAGUCUGCAGCGCGGGGUGCGACGCCUGGAGGCGGAGCUGCGGCGGUACAGGUCAGGGGAUUCCCAGCUUCCAACCCCCACACGAGCCAGCCCAGAGCCAGGAGACAAAAGUGGCGAACCUGAGGACAUUGGGACCGGAGACCCAGGCCCCACCGCAGAGGGAGCCUGGCAGUCAGAUAGCAGCUGGGGAAGCAGAGCCCUGGAUGAAGCAGCGGAUGAGCAGCUGUUCCGCUCCGUGGAGGGCCAGGCUGCCUCUGAUGAGGAAGUGGAGGAGGAGAAGUGGCAGGAGGAGCAGAGGCCGCCAGCCGAGGCCCGGCCACUGCGGGCACAGCUCUCCAGCUGCAGGAGCCGGUGUGAUGACCAGACAGCCAAGAGGCUCCUGACUUGCUUUGGCCACUUUGGAGGUGCCGACCACGCCCACACCCUGGGGGAGCUGGAGGCCCAUGUGGCCAUGCUGGUGGAGCAGCUGGGGACCCAGGGCUGCAGUGGUGGGAAGACUCUGGGGACGCCGGGGGAGGAGGCAGAGCUGCAGCAGAAAGUGGAAGACAAUGAACACUUGCGGCUGGAACUACAGAUGGUGGAGACUGAGAGGGUGCGGCUGUCCCUGCUGGAGGAGAAGCUGGUGGAUGUGCUGCAGCUGCUGCAGAGGCUCCGAGCCCUGAAUAUAUCGAAAAGAGCCCUGGGGAAGAUUUUGUUGAGCACGCUGGAUACCUGCAGAGACCAAGAGGGGAGGUCUGGCCCCUUGGCCAUCCUGGAUGCCCUGCACCAAGCCUUGGCUGGCUGUGAGCUCUUGCAGGGACAGCCCUCUGAACCGACCUCUGCAGCUCCUGCACUCACCAGCUCCCUCCUCAUCUCCUACUGAGGAUGCUGGCCCAGCUCUGGGCACCCUGGUCAGCCCGACCACCAGAGGACCAGCCUCCAUGACCAACCUGACCACUGUCAGACUGCCCUCCACAGCUGGUCUGACCAUGUCACAUCAUCAGGACUCUGGAGGCCUCCGUCAGAGCCUCCCACCGCAGAGCCUGGCAGCCAACCUUUCCAUGGGCCCCCCACACAUCCCCUCGCCACCCUGUGUUCCUGCCUCCUGGGUCCAUGGUAAAGCCUGAAGUUGCUGGAUCAGCCCACACCUGUUGCUGUCUUCUGUCUCCCCUGCCCUCAGAGCAGACAUGCUCACUUACUUCCCAAUCCAGUCCAGAGUCUCUUCCUUGGAGUCCCAGCAUCUCCUUCCCUCCCAGACACGUCCCCUUCCUCUCACCAACCUGCCUGCUGCAGGGGAGACUGAGCCCAAUCUUUGGGCCAUCUGGUCCACUGGAAACCUCUUCAAACUCUCCAUGCCCCAGAAGUGUCUGGGGAUGCCAAGAAGGAAACUGUAGCUUCCGGGGGAGUGGGUAGGGAAGUGGUCUUAACUAGCUAUAGAAGAGAAAUAGGAUUUAGCUGGGCAAAGAGAGGAGAGAGGAGCAUUUAAUUUGAGGUAACAGCAAGUGUGGUGCCAGAAAGGGCCCCAUGAACACAGCACCCGGAGCCCCGCCUUCCCAAACAGAAGGUACGAGAUACUGGACCUCGAGGGCCCCUAGAAGAAGUAAGACAAAAUGCCUGGCCUCACCUCACUUAAAAUGUCAGAGGAGAGAAAGACACAUUGGAAAAUAGCACAAUGUGGGUGAAAUCAGUGCUAAAUGGAGGUAAAAUAAAGUGUCAUGAGUGUUCAACCAACAGGGGUUCGUCUGAGCCACCAGACGCACCACAGGAAAGGGAGGCCGUCUGCUCUGUGGAGCCAGGUGGGGAGCUGGGAGGGGACGGAAGUGGGACGGGGGACGUGGGGAGCUGGGAGGGGACAGAAGAAACACACAGGCCCACCCAAUUUUCAGAUGGUUUGUCUGGAAAUGGAAUAAACGGGAUGAAUGCUGUGACCAUCACAGAGGGGCCGCUCCGCCCCGGUCCUGUAGGAUGGGAAGAGCCCAGGACCCCUCAGGGCCCACUCCAGAGCUCGCUAGGCCACAGGCUCUGUGGCUAAUGACUGCGGGACCCAGGUGAUGCCGACCCCCCACGGGUCUACUCAGUAAAGGAGAUGGCUGUUCUGGCUCCUGAUGUGGUGCUGGUUACAUGAACGUAUGCCAGUGUUAAAACCUGGUGUGAGCAAGACUUAAGAGCUCCAGGGGGCUCGGCACCUGUAGCUCAGUGGCUAGGGCACCAACCACAUACAUGGGAGCUGGUGGGUUCAAACAUGGCCCGGGCCUGCCAAACAACAAUGACAACAACAACGACAACAAAAUAUCUGGGUGUCAUGGCGGGCACCUGUAGUCCCAGCUACUUGGGAGGCUGAGGCAAGAGAAUCGCUUAAGCCUAAGAGUUUGAGGUUGCUGUGAGCUGUGAUGCCAUGGCACUGUACCGAGGGU